AUGGCGCCCGUCACGCUCUCACCGCCGCUCCUCCUCCUCGCUAUCCUUCUCCUCACUACCGCCGGCACAACUCAAUGCCACCACGGUCACAAGAGCCAGCGCCACCACACCGGCGGAACUAGAAUGCCCAAAAAGACCGCCGCGGCAGGCGCCAGCAGCCCUCCGCCCGACAUCGUCCACCACGCCAUCUGCCACACGACGCCGCAUCCGGUGUCCUGCCUGGCGGCCGUGGCCUCGCACCUUGACGCCGCCGCAGCCGGCGCGAAGGUGGCCGAGGCGUCCGCUGUCUCCGUACAGCUCCUCCCACCGAACGUCCUCUCCGUCUUGCUGGCGUCCCUCCACGGUGCGGAGUCGGCGCUGUUCUCGCUCUCCCCGGCGCUCUCCGCUCUCUCCGCGCCGCCGGCCGCCUCCCCCGCGGGCGCCUCGCUCCGCCGCGGCGCCGCGCAGGACUGCCAGGAGCUCCACGCCGCCUCGCUGUCGUCGCUCUCGCGCUCCGCCUCGCUGCUCGCGGCGCCCGGCGAGGGUCAGGGCCUCCCGGCCGUGCGCGCGCACCUCGCGGCCGCGCUCACCAACAAGGCCACCUGCCUCGACGGGCUCGCCGGCGCGUCCGGCCCGCGGAUCGGCGGACUCCUCGCGUCCCUUGACGACGCCUACGGGCACGUGUCCAACUCGCUCGCCCUCGUCGCCAGGCGCGGCGGCGGCGUGUCUGCUGCUGGCUUCGUGAACGCCGUGGCGAAGACAGUUCACAACCGGCGGCUGCUCCAGGACGACGACGACGACAGCAGCGGAGGAGACGACGACGACAGCGACAAUGACGGGGAUGACAGCGGUGGGAACACUGGGCAGCCAGCGGCGACGGUGAUCACUGUGGCGAAGGAUGGGACGGGGAACUUCCGGACUGUGGGGGAGGCGGUGGCGGCGGCGCCGAACAACAGCGAGACGAGGACGGUGAUCCACGUGAAGGCCGGGACGUACGAGGAGAACGUGGAGGUUCCGCUGUACAAGAAGAACGUCGCCCUGGUCGGCGAAGGGCGCGACACGACGGUCAUCACCGGCAGCCGCAGCGCCGCCGACGGCUGGACCACCUUUCGCACGGCCACUUUCGGCGUCUCCGGCGAGGGUUUCCUGGCGCGCGACAUCACGUUCCGCAACACGGCGGGCGCGGGCAAGGGGCAGGCGGUGGCGCUGCGCGUGAACGCGGACCUGGCCGCGCUGUACCACUGCGGCGUGGAGGCCCACCAGGACGCGCUGUACGCGCACUCGUUCCGGCAGUUCUACCGCGACUGCGCCGUGUCCGGCACCGUCGACGUCGUCUUCGGCGACGCGGCGGCCGUGCUGCAGGGCUGCGCGCUCCUCGCCAGGGCGCCCCUGCCCGGCCAGUCCGUCGUGCUCACGGCGCAGGGCCGCGCCGACCCCAACGAGGACACGGGCAUCGCGCUGCACCACUGCACCGUCUCCUCCGCCGCCGAUUCCGCCGCCGCAGGUGGGGCCCCGCCCCUGCCCGCCGGCACGCGCGUGUUCCUGGGCCGGCCGUGGGGCGCGUACGCGCGCGCCGUGGUCAUGGACUCCUACCUGGGCCAGAUCGUGGACCGGGAAGGGUGGCUCGAGUGGCCUGGCGCGGAGCCCGGACGCGGGGACACCGUCUUUUUCGGUGAGUACGGGAACGACGGGCCGGGGGCCGACACGGAGGGCCGCGUGGACUGGGCUGGAGUGCGGCAGAUGGAGUACGACGAGGCGGCCCAGUUCGCCGUCGAGAACUUCAUCUACGGCGACGAGUGGCUGGGCGCCACCUCCUUCCCCUACGAUGACGACGUCUGA